AUCGGAUCACGAAUGAAAGCCAUCACGAUCAGAUGAUGACAGCGAUCCUCGACAGCCAUCGACGGAAAUCUGAGGGGCAACGAUUGCGGCUAUGCUUAGUACUCCUGGGCAUCCUGAUCAUCAGUCCGGUCUCCAAUCAAGCCUCGUCGGGCUCCUCAUAUGCGCUCUUCCAUCGACUCGUACAAUCCUCGAUAGCUCAUACUCCUUCUUCAACCACCGCCACUCUCGGAGGAGGAGAAUGGCAACGUCGUGGACUGCUCGAAAUCGUCCCCGACGACGGCUCCCUCGACCAUUUCAAAAUCGCUUCCUUCUCCAAUCAGCUCGUCGACCCUCUCGUGCUUCCUAAGGAAACUCUCAUCAGCUCCGGCAAGGGCUGGAGUUAUCAGAUCGCCUUAGCCCCCCUCCUCGCUUUCAAUCUUCCCGGCCAAGACCCAAGUCCUGAUACCGGAUUCGCGCUCGUCUCGUUCCCGCUUUGUCGAUUUCUUCAAGAUCCCACAAGUUCAAGCCAGUCCAACGGGCCGUCGUCGCCUGCCACACGUCUCGAGGAACAGAUGACCAUCUGGCUGCGUCCCCGGCGGCCCAUUGGCCUGGCCAACAAUCAUCCAAAUCCAUCAGCAGCAGCAGCAGAAGAAGAAGAAGAAGAAGAAGAAGAAGAAGAAGAGAGCUGGAGAAGAAGUGGUGAGCGUGAUCUGCACCUCGAUCUGCUGGGCAUCCAAUGGACUUCAUCCCACGAGCUGUCCCCCGCCUCCUCCUCGCCAACGUGUCAAGAUACCCAUCACGCUCGAUCGUCAUCAUCAUCAGAGUCGAGCAUCAAUGCUGAGAGCCCCACCGGAUCGGCCUCCCUCGACCCCUUCUUGGCCUCUCUUUCCCACCCUCAGAAUCAGUCCUCCACUCUCAAGAUCUCGCUCCGCGUCCCCGAACGAUUGUCUGAGCCGAUUUGGAACCCACAUCCGACCGUCCAACCGGCCCAAUUAAUGGCCGACGGCUCUCUCAAAGCUCCGGCCCCGGAAAAAGGUUGGUUAGCUAAAUACUGGAUGUACAUCUUGCCGGUCGUGGUGAUGCUUGUGGUGGGCGGAGGACCGCCUCCUCCUGAAGAAGAGGGAGGCGACUCCACAAACCAACGCCACCGCCAAUAA